AACAAAGAAGAGUUCAAAAACCGCCACUCCUCCUCCUCCUCCUUUCUCUUCCUUUUCCUCUUCCUCCUCCUCCUCUUCGGCGCGGCGCGAUCUCUCGUCCCCGUCCGUACGCCCGUCCGUACGCCUCGUCGCCUUCGCUGCGGACGGAAUCGAAUCGGCCCGAGCGGAGCGGGGGCGCGCUCCUCGGGCCUCGGCAUUCCCCUAGGUCUCUCCUCCGGCUGCUGCGGCGGCUGCGGCGGCGGCGGGGGCGAUCCGAGGGGCUCUCCGAUGCAUGCGCGCGGCGACGCUCGGGGCUCGUGAAGGAAGAGCGAGCGAGAGAGGGAGAGCGGGAGAAGGAUGAAGAUGCUUGCGGGGCUAGGGGGCGGCGCCGAUCGCUGCCCUUCCCUGGAGAUGCUCCUCGUCAUUGCCGCUCUGGCCUGCGUCGACGGCGCGCUGGCUCUCCUCGCCUUCUCUCAGGCUUUGCGGAUUCAUCUACGAGAUCAAGAAGCUGGAUGGACUCGUCAGAAAGUACUUCACCUGAUGAUUGGGUCAUCCAACUUGGGUUAUUUCUUGUUUUUUGUGCUUACAGUAGUUGCGAGCUGUGAGAGAUGGAUCUGCUGGUCCCAAAUGUGUGGAUUUAUCUUCAUGGCCUAUCCAAGCAUUCUAUUUCUAGCUGCAUUCCUUCUGCUUUUGUCUUUCUGUUUUAGGGUCGACUUUUGCCAUCAGGCAAAGGAUGAAGGGGAUGGUGAAGAUAAUGAAGGGCAUAAUAUGCAGCAGGCCUUGUUGGCAAAUUCGACGAUCAGACAAGAUUGGUCAGAUGAGGGAACCAGUUGCAGAUGUUGCUCAUUCAGAAAUAUUGAAGUUGAAGGCCGGCAAAAAUUUGUUGCUGCGGUUAUCAUGCUAGCAUUUGUCCUAAUGAUAGCGUUCGCUGUUAUUAUCUGGAUUGGCAAUGGGAAGAAUCCCAUUGAUUCUGUGUCAAUUGCUCGGAUCUAUACACAGAUUAUUGCAGUAGCAUUUCUUUUACUUGGGGGAGCUAUAGUAUGUUACGGUGAGACACCAAUUUCUGGUAUCACUUUGUUCUUAAAAUUGAGUAAAGUACGGUCGGAGAGUGCUUCUGGUGAUAUGUGGAAGGUGGGUGGUUUAGCAGCCGUCUGUGUGAUUUCUUUUACAUCGAGGGCUUCAGUAGCUUUAUCUACAGAAACUCCACUAUUCUAUAGUUUGCGCCUCUGGGAUAUUAAGGGAGUAAAGCAACCACUUCUAUUGAUUGUUUACUUUUUUAUAGGUUCAUCAGUGCCAUCAGCCUUUCUCUUAUGGGUGAUGAGAGAAUUGCCACGUCCAAUCACGUCAAAUACUCAAGGGGAUCAUGCAACAGUAACAUUUAUAAGUUAUGGUGCAACAGCUGCACGUCUCUCCAAUCAAUGGGCUGCUGCAACUAGUUCAAGAAACCAGGAUGUAGGACAUUAGUUGACUGCAUGCCACAGGCACUGGAAGGAAGUUCCAUGCGGGCAUCGUAUUUGCUUUUGCGUUGCUGACAAAUUCUGAGAAGGAAAUGCCAGGCGACCAAGAAUGGGGUUCUGCCAUGAUUCUGGCUUUGAUGCAGGGUGUCAAGACCAAACAUAUGUGGGACAGUUCUCGGAGUCUAAAGAAUCCGAAAACAACGCACCCUUCUUUAAUGAGUGCAGCGGAAACAGAUGUAUAUACUAACAGCUGGACGAAAGAAUCUCCCUUUUCCUCAGAAUGUGAUUAUGCCCCCUUUUUCCUUUAAGAGUUAAGGUUUCUUGUGAGUCAGUCCACUCUGCUAUUCAAUUUCAUACCAAGAGAAUAUUUCUCUCUUACCUAGUUUUGAGAAAGGGCAUGUGACCCAAUCAUCAGACGUUCAUGGGGUGUCGUGGAUUAUGACACUUUAUCAUGGGUCGAGGAGAAACAUGUUUCAGAGCAUGUUGGGCUAAAGUGGCGAGCCGUCAAUCUGGAGUCUGGACUGGUCAAAAGAGAUGACAUGUUUCUACAGAACGACUUUUCUUUAAA